AUGCAAGAUAUAACUUAUAAUGAAAAAGAAAAAGCUCAAAAGGAAGAAACAAUAAUAGAAAUAGAACCACUAACAACACAAUUAGCAAUUCAAGAGUUGUGUCCAAAAAGAAAAAAUGUA